AUGAACGGAGACGGCAUGGACCAGGAUCUGGAGCACAGCGCCUCAGUGGCCACUCUACCAGCAUCCAAAUUCACCGCUGGCGUGUUGCCGAACCCCUUGGUCGACGAUAUCAAGUCCCUGCAGUACAAGAGCGGUGUUCUCAUUCCCCUUAAGACAACACAAGAAGUUCGACAAGACCACACAAUUGUUCCGGCUUUCAUCACAAGAGUUCCAGCAAAGGCUGCUGCUGAAGUUAUUGCUGCUUUGCGUCUUACGCGAUCCGGUGGUAGUGCUAACCCCCUACCUCAUCUGCGAGGAUGCGCAAAGCCCGCAGACUUGCCUGCACAUCUUAAGACGAAGUUUAUGAACGAAACCGCCGAAGGCCGCUCAAUCCACUUUGCAAAGUCCAUGUGGCUUUACAUCAUGUGCUGCGAAACCUCAGAUACCACAGAAGAGGAGCUGGCGAAAACGUUGUCCACAGUCAGUCUACUCGAAGGACUGGAUAUCUGGAUCUCUACCGUCCCUAUCCCGCUUGUGGCUCCGACCUCGCAGAUUCAGGCUGCCAUGUGGUCCUCACAAUUCUGGCCUACGGUGUAUCGCAAGAACAACCCCUUGGGACCGCACCCUAGCAUAGUGGCCAGAGGGACUGACGAAAUCAAGGACGAUGCGACCAUGUGGAUGACGUUGGCCCAGCGCGUGGCGGACGACGCCAAACGGUGUGGGAUGGGAGAAGCCAUUGGAGCAGUCGUUGUACAGAGAGACGAGAAUGGUGCCCAACUGGUUGCUGUGGCAGGUGAUGCGCGCUGGCGCCAGGAUCCUCUGCUUGGAGACGUCGGAAAUCCCAUGGCACACUGUGUCCUUCGUGUUAUCAGCAUGGUCGCGCAAAAGCUUGUUCGUCAUGAGAGGAAAGCAAUGGAUCUGACUCUUGACCUACCGAUAUUAGAGUUUGACGCUUUCCACGACGGACCGAUUCUCGAUGCCGAAAAGGAAUGCUUCCAGCAAGAACACCCGAACAAGGAUGGUUAUUUGUGUCAUGGGCUGGAGCUUUACAUGACCCAUGAACCUUGCGUGGCAUGUUCAAUGGCUAUCCUUCACGCCAGAAUGGGCAAGGUGGUAUUCUGCAACCACAUGCCAAGAACUGGCGGCUUGAGUUCAGACGAUCGUCCUGACGGAGGCGGAAGAGGGUUGGGUCUCUUCUGGAGGCGAGAGCUCAAUUGGAGCUUGCUGGCCUGGGAGCUGGAGCAAGAUGCUAAUUUUGACCUGGUUACUUUGGACCCGACCACUCAUGUUUAG